AUGCGAUCAUUGCUUGCCUAUAUUUUCGCCGCAAUCACUGUAAUUUACAGUGUCCUACCUGUGUUGUCUUUUGAGAAGAAGAGCGAUAUGAGUGAGUUCACGUCAGCUAUCAACGGCGCCAGCCGACUUCGAUACGGGAAGCGAAACUUUGAUUUCGCUUAUCCAUUAACUGCGCUUCGCGACCCAGCGGACUUUGAAGACCCCUACAUUUAUGACAAACGCGCUCCUCUCACCAACAAAUUGAUUCAAUCUUUGAACGGUGCAGAACGUUUAAGGUUUGGACGGAAGUGA